GCCUCAACGGUCCAAGAUCAAGAAGAGCCUCCCCAAAACCCUGGUGGUCACAUCGCUCCCGGCUCCGCCGCUCAUCGCCAAUGCUCGCCGGCGGCUCGAGCUUCAGCAAUGGCCACAACCGCCCCCGCCGAGCGAAAGGUCCCUCUCGGGACUCCAGAGGUGCUGCCCAUCGCCUUCUGACCUCAUCCCCGGCGUCCUCGCAUGAUAGGAUUUCCCCUCCUGAGUGCACCGAAUCCGACCGCGCUUAUUUUGAUUCCUAUGCUCACGUUGGCAUCCAUGAAGAGAUGAUCAAGGAUCAUGUGAGGACGGAAACAUAUCGAGCUGCGAUCAUGCGUCACCGGGACUCGAUUGCCGGCAGGGUUGUGAUGGAUGUUGGUUCCGGCACGGGCAUUUUGUCUAUAUUCUGUGCUUUUGCUGGUGCCCUGCGGGUUUAUGCAGUUGAGGCUAGCGAGAUUGCGGCACAGGCUAAGGAGGUUGUCAGAGCAAAUAAUUUAUCAGAAAAGGUCAUUGUUUUGCAUGGGCGUGUCGAAGAUAUUAAGAUUGAUGAGAAGGUUGAUAUCAUAAUUUCUGAAUGGAUGGGCUAUAUGCUCCUCUAUGAGUGUAUGCUGGCUAGUGUGAUUUAUGCAAGGGAUAAGUGGCUUAAACCUGGCGGUCUUAUUCUUCCAUCGCAUGCUACGUUGUAUAUGGCGCCAGUGACACAUUCUGAUAGAUAUUGUGAGAGCGUUGAUUUCUGGCGAGAUGUCUAUGGAAUUGACAUGUCAUCUAUGAUCCCACUUGCAAAACAAUGUGCAUUUGAAGAGCCAAGUGUUGAGACGAUUACCGGAGAGAAUGUUUUAACAUGGCCAUAUGUGGUUAAAUUCGUGGAUUGCUACACAGUUGAAGCUCAUGAACUGGAGUCAAUCACAACAAACUAUCAAUUCUCAUCAAUGAUGCGAGCUCCCCUUCAUGGAUUUGCUUUUUGGUUCGAUGUUGAGUUUAAUGGGCCACCAACAUUGUCUUCCGCCAAUGGUCUGCAAUUCCUUCCUGGAGGCUCAUAUUCUGACUCAUAUAUAAAUGGUUCUAACAAUAGAACAAAACGGACAAAAUCUGACGAAACAAUUGUGCUAUCUACGGCACCUGAGGAUGAUCCGACACAUUGGCAACAGACCCUACUUUAUUUUUAUGAUCCAAUCGAUGUUCAACAAGACCAAAUCAUAGAAGGUUCUAUAACAUUGUCACAAAGCAAAGAGAAUGCUCGCUUUUUAAACAUUCACCUUGAAUACUCUUCUGGAGGCCGUUCUUUUGUGAAGGAGUCCGUAAUGCGAUGAUAUGACUAUAUGAUGUUUCUGAGAAGGUGGUUUUUUCUCUCAACCCCUCCAAAGUUAUUAUUAACAGCUGUAGUAACCUUAGUCUGACUAUUGAUUGAAUUUGACAUUCAACUGAAUCCAGCUCUGGAGCAUUGUUACACUUACUGAUGAGUAGGAAUAGUUGUUGCAAGAAAACUAAUGGGCUGCUUAUUUUAGAUUAAAGCAUUGCUUUGUGAUUGUCCUCAAUUUGGUUUGGUCACAGUUACUAAAAUUAUAGUAUUUCAUUCAAUACUUUUUA